AUGGCGGGAUCGAAUUGUGAUCCUGUUACACUCAGGAAGCUCUUCCACUCGGGGGAAAUAGAUUUCUACUGCCGACUCGUUCGACAGUUGGACCAGAACCCGGAGCGCAUGAAACAGGUGAUUGCACUGUGGUUAUGGUUUGAAUCCAUCGGCCACCAUGAAUUCAUCCAGCGAGUGUCGUCCCUUAAAGGCGACGACGUCAUCCUCGGCUUCGUGAGCGAGGCCGAGGCCUGCCUCGACCGCCUCAUGGGCCACCAUGUGCAGACGAGGGGCGACGAGCUGCCGCUGACCAGUUCCCUCAUGGCGAAGAAGAUGGACCUUCGGUUCUUCGAGUCCCACCGCGAUAAGGCCAUCGAAGGCGUCAUGCACUUCUUCCACAGCGUCUGCCAGAUCAUAUUCAACGAUGAGCCCAUGGAGAGGGCGGCGGAGAAUGCCAACCACCCCAACGACCACUGCCGGCACACCAGCGGGCUGCACGAUAUCAGGUCACCGAUGAGGGAGAGACGCAACCAAGAGGAAGGCGGAGCCUCGACCUCGGCCAUGGCCAUGAUCCCACCGCAGUUUUCCACUGUCCCCUCGCCGCUGCGCGACAUGCUGAACCCGAUGGCCAGGCCGUGGACGCCGGAGAUCGUCCGGCCGUCGGAUGACCAGCGAUCCUUGUUCAUCACCUUCUCCAUGGGGCAACACAUCUCCAGGGAGGAAAUCAAGCAGUACUUCAACGCGCGAUACGGGCCUUGUGUCGAGGUGGUGUUAACAGAGAGGACGCCGCCGGGGCACCAGCCGAUGUUCGGGCGGUUGAUCUUCACGGAUGCUUCCAUGGUAGCUAGGGUUCUGAACGGGCUGCCAACAGCCAAGUUCAUCAUCAACGGCAAGCAUCUGUGGGCGAGGAUGUACACGCCUUUCCAGACUAGGGUUUGA